AUGCAAAUGAGGGCGGAGCUGAGGCUUUGAAGAGGCUCAAACUUUGCGUAGCCAACACAAGUAUCAGAACCAACAGAACUCUGCGGACACAAACAUGACGCUUGAAGAGAAUAGUGGAGAAAACACUUCUGAAAGGAUGGAGUCCGUGGCUCAAGCCUUGGAGGAGGUUCUGAGUGCAGCCUUACCUCAGGGUUGCAUCACUGUGGGUGUCUAUGAGGCUGCCAAGUCUCUCAAUGCAGAUUCAGACAACGUGGUUUUGUGUGUACUGGCCUCUGACGACAGCGACAAACACGACGUGGCGCUGCAGAUCCACUUCACGCUCAUCCGCGCCUUCUGCUGUGACAACCACAUCGACAUUGUGCACGUUGCCAACAUGCGGCGUCUGGCUGAGCUUGUGGGUGGGGCCAAGGCCGGAGGGGAACCGCUGGACCUGCACUGUGUUCUGGUCACGAACCCGCAGAUGUCAUCUUGGAAGAGCUCCGCUCUGGGGAUGCUACAGAGGUUCUGCAGGGACAGUCGCCGUUGGGACCAGUGGGUUCCACUGGUCCACCUGCCAGAACGAUGAAGUGAAAGUAUGCAGUCGUACGUGUUGAUCUCAGUGUGGACAUCUUUGGAGGGAAAGCGGAAUGCUGGACCGGGUCAGGAAGCAAUGACUCAGCAGUCUAGAGCUCGGAUUCCCAGACAGGAACAACAUGAGCAAUUCCGAGACUUCGAUGAAGGUUGUACACAGUGAUGAAGAGGUUCCGGUGGUUUUGGGAGCUCACUGGACUUUGUCAAGUGUCAACAAGUUCUGGUUCUAUCAGAGCAGCCCCCCUCCCUUCUCAUGCUCCAAAUGUCUGUUUCUGUGCAUGGCUGUGAAGCAGCAGCAAAUAAUAAAUGCCAAUAAUA